UUUGUGUAUGUGUUGGUGGUGCAAGAUCACUUUACUAAAUACGUCAACGCAUAUCCUAUGGUGGACCAAACAGCCAGUACAGUGGCACGGUUGUUGUGUGACCAGUACAUACCUGAACAUGAUGUUCCAGAGGAAUUGUUCUCUGAUCAGGGACGUCAGUAUGAGUCAGAGAUUUUUCAGGACAUCUGUAAGAGAUUAAACAUCAGUAAAAAGAGAACUACACCUUACCACCCUCGUGGUAACGGAAUGGUAGAACGGUUCAAUAGAACAUUGAAGGAUCAGUUAGCGAAGGUUCUUUUUCAUAGUGGUGGUGAAUGGGACCAGUACUUAUCUGCAGUUGUACUGUCAAUUAAUGCUACACCUCAUUCUAGCACUGGGUACUCACCAUUCUUCUUGGCCCAUGGUCGUGAACCUCGUUUACCGGCACACAUGUACCUUGAUUCUCCAUCAGAUGGAGCCGUGGACACUCCGCAGACUUAUGGUUCAGCUCUAGUCAAUCGUAUGGAAACUGUGUUUCGAGAAGUGCUUAACACUAGUGCAGAUCAGAGACUUAAGCGUGAGUACUACUUUAAUAGGUAUGAGAAAUUCAGACCUUUUAAAGUGAGUGACCUGGUGUGGAUGAAUUAUCCAACCACACUGAGAAAGAAACUUGAGCCAAAAUGGACAGGACCAUAUCGGGUGGUUACGGUGGACAUGGCUGGUAUUAUUUACACAGUGUUGAAUGUGAGAAAUGUAAAGGCAGAACCUAAGGUAGUUCACUAUGAACGUUUGAAGCCCUACAGAUCCAAGUGGACAGAACCAGCACUUACUUCCACAUGUGCUGGUCAAGAUAAGGACAAAAGGGUUCAGGAGUUGAGACCAUUAUACACCGCUUUAUCUGGGUCUCUCCCUUUGUCAUCAGGAGGGCUGUGGGUUGGUGAAAAUGAGGCUUAUGUACUCUCUUCUGUUCCUCAUGUACGUAGGCCUUCAGGUCGCAUAGCACAAGUUCCUCAUGCUGUGCGGCAGCCACCUCAAUUGGUUAAUCAUACCUCCUCAGUAGGUGGGGAACAUGCGUCAAAAUGUGUGGUUACUCGUUCAGGGCGCGUUAUUAACAGGCCUAGGAAGUUUUCUUGUUAAAGAAAAAAAAAUUGGGAAUAAAUUGUACUUUUG